AUGCGCUACUCUCUGAUUAACGGUCUUCUCAUGUUGGCUAUCUCGCCAUUGACCUCUCUCGCCCUCCCGGUCGACCCCAAUGAUCAGUCUGGUGUUUGGGACCCAAGUGGCCAAUACCGAAAAGGUCAUUAUGUGAACGGUCAAUUCAUUCCCGACGCUGGCUCCGAAUACAACAAUGGCCAGUGGAACAACGGCCAAAGCCAGAACGGUCAAUACAACAACGGCCAGUGGAACAAUGGUCAAUACCAGAAUGGUCAAUAUAACAAUGACGAGAACAACAAUGGAGAAUAUAACAACGGAGAGUAUAACAACGGCGAGAGCACCUACCAGCGCCGUGGUCUGAUUGAGCGCCCCUUCGGCAACGCCCGCCACCACGUUGGUGUUCCCGGCGUCGGCGUCCCUGGUGUUAAUGUUCCUGGCAUCCAUGCCCGCACCUGGCCUUUCACUAACAAUAACAACAACAACAACGGUCAAUGGAACAACCAGAACAACCAGCAGGGUGGAUGGACCGACGCUAACGGCCAGUGGCACUCAAACAACAACCAGAAUGGCUGGACUGAUGCCAAUGGUCAGUGGCAGUCCAACAACAACCAGAAUGGCUGGACCGAUGCCAACGGACAGUGGCAUGCCAAUGCUAAGCGUGGUUUUCCUGGAGUCCCCGGCGUUCCUGGCGUUCCUGGCAUCCCUGCCGUCCCUGGUGUCCCCAACGCUGGUGCUGCCAACCUCGGUGCUGGUACCCCCGGUGUCCCCGGAGCCCCUGGUGCUCCCGCCGCUGGAACUGGCGCUGGUAACCCCGGUGCUUUGAAUGGAGCCACCGGUACCACCGGUACAAACAGACUGAACAACCCUGCUACUCAAUCCGAGGGAGUCAAUGGUCUUCACGCCCGCUGGAACCGCCCAGAUGACUACAACAACAACGGUUACAACGAUGAGUACAACAAUGACUACAACAACAACAACAAUUACAACAACAACGGCGAGAAUGAGAGUGAGCGUGAACGCGAGCGCGAGCAAGACCGCGAGGAGGACCGCCAGGAUGCCCACGACGCCACUCAGGCCGCUACCUCUGUCAUCUCUAACUUGAAGGCCCGCUACAUCCCUGAUGAGUACAACGACAACUACGACUACAGCGAUGAUGGUAACCGUCGCCACCACCACGAGACUGCGAAGGAGCGCGAAGAAGACCGCAAGGAUGCCGCUGAUAUCACUGGCUCCGUCCUUGGAAAUCUGAAGGCCCGCUACAUCCCUGAUGAGUACAACGACAACUACGACUACAGCGAUGAUGGCAACCGUCACCACCACCACGAGACUGCGAAGGAGCGCGAAGAAGACCGCAAGGAUGCCGCUGAUAUCACUGGCUCCGUCCUUGGAAACCUGAAGGCCCGCAACGUCCCCGGUGAGCAGUACGGCAACGAUGUUUACCGCAACGAGAACCAGGAUGGCGAGCGUGAGCACAACGGACUCCAGGGUACCGCUACCGAGGCUCUCGAUGCUGCUCCUUCCGUUGUUACCAAGCGCUGGUGGCCUUUCCACCACUGGAACAACAACAACGAUAACAGCAACAACAACAACAACAACAACAACAACAACAAUGACAACUACGGAUACCAGGACAAGUGCAAGAACGGUGACUGGAACGACCGCUCCGGCUGGGACUGCCGCCACGACUGGGAUGCCAACCGUCAGGCUACCCCCACUCCCCGUGUUUGGGCUUAG